AUGGUGGCAACAGUGAGCUGCUUAUGCUCGUUUAACUGUUCCAAUGGUCUCAGUUACCUGUGCAUAUCAGAUUCCAUAGCCUCACCAUACCUUGAAAAAGUGCUACGAGAUCAAAUCAAGCACCGUUUUGCUGUGUGCCAUUAUGAUGUGGAAACUGGUAUGUCUUACAAAGUGAAUCUGGACAGCUCUGCUUCACAGCUUGAACUCGAGAGGCCUACCAUAUUCGUAUCUGUCUUAGAAUGUGAUGAUGAAUUUCACUGGUACGACGGUUUUCCGGUAUAUCGGCGGCCAUCUCUGAAUGAAGGGACGUGCAGAAACGACUACUCGCUCUUUCUCGUAAUUAACAAUAACACAUUGACUCCAUAUCUGCUGCAAGCCCCGCCGAGAAAGUUAAAAACACUGCCAGAUCUGCAAAUACCUGUCUCGCGGCCAUUUUCUCUGCAUUCAUUGCAUGCUCUUUUCGAGGGGAUCUUUGCCACAAUGGAAUUAGAGUCAAGUCAUGUCUACACAGAGCAAGACUUUCAGCCGCCGGAUCAAAGGCAGCACUGGCCUACAUGGGCUAUAAUUCUCGUUGUGGUUUGCGUAUUUCUAACCGUCUUUGCAUUCUUAUUGGGAAACUGCAUCACAAAACGAGCUACGCCUUUGAGGUUCAAAGGUGGCGCAACGGCUAAGGCGGCAAACGUGCGUGCCGAGCGUAGAAUGUGGGGAGCGGGAUUUUCCGGAGGAAUGUGGGCAGCUGCCUAA